UUGGCGGUGCCGUGUCAUGGAGGCUCAGUCUCAGAGCAGCCAUUGAAGGGGAAGGAACUGCGGUGUGUGUGUGUGUGUAUGUGUGUGCGCGCGCGCGCGCGUUUGUGUGUGUGUAUGUGUGUGGGGGGGUGCGCGCGCGCGCGUGUGUGUGCGUGCUUGUGUGUGUAUGCGUGCGUGUGAGUGCGCGCGAGUGUGUGAACAAGGAGGUGGGGGCAGCCGAGUUAGAGUCCCAACUCCUUGGACUCCAUUUGCUAUUCUCUUCUUUCUCCCCCACACCUAUCUGGAGGUGGUGGGCGUUUAUAUUUGCUUUUCUUUUCAUUCAUUUCCAGAUCUUUUAAAAUUUAAGGGUUGGGGUAGUGGGAAAGGCAGGAAAAGGUAAGGGAAGGGAGUAGUAGCAGAAGAGCAGGAGGAGGACAUGGAGAUGAAGAAGAGGAUUAACCUGGAGUUAAGGAACAGAGCCCCGGAGGAGGUGACAGAGUUAGUUCUUGAUAAUUGCCUUUGUGUCAAUGGGGAAAUUGAAGGUCUGAAUGAUACUUUUAAAAAACUAGAGUUUCUGAGUAUGGCUAAUGUGGAACUAAGUUCACUGGCCCGGUUGCCCAGCUUAAAUAAACUUCGAAAGUUGGAACUUAGUGACAAUAUAAUUUCUGGAGGUUUGGAAGUCCUGGCAGAGAAAUGUCCUAAUCUUACCUACCUCAAUCUGAGUGGAAACAAAAUCAAAGAUCUCAGUACAGUAGAAGCUUUGCAAAAUCUUAAAAAUUUGAAAAGUCUCGACUUGUUUAACUGUGAGAUCACAAAUCUGGAAGAUUACAGAGAAAGUAUUUUUGAGCUGCUGCAGCAAAUCACCUACUUAGAUGGAUUUGAUCAGGAGGAUAAUGAAGCACCAGACUCAGAAGAGGAGGAUGAAGAUGGAGAUGAAGAUGAUGAAGAGGAAGAGGAAGAUGAAGCUGGUCCACCCGAAGAAUAUGAAGAAGAGGAGGAGGAUGAGGAGGAGGAUGAGGAUGAGGAUGAAGAUGAAGCAGGCUCAGAGCUGGGAGAGGGAGAAGAGGAAGUGGGCCUCUCAUACUUAAUGAAAGAAGAAAUCCAGGUGAAUGGGAACUUUUUAUGUGUGCUGAAAAUUAAUUAUUUAGGCAUAGGGCCAAGUACUAUAAAUAAUGAGUUGUGUAGAAGUCUGAAGGUUGUUCCUAACGUAUGGGUCUGAGUGUAUCUGUCUUGC